AUGUGUAAAAAAUUCGGUGUUGAAUACUACAUCGCUCCAGAAGUUUUGAUGGAUCAUAAAAUGGUUACACAAGCAGCUGAUGUUUAUAGCCUUGGUAGAUGUAUGGAUCCAAAUCCUAAAAAACGACCUACUGCAAAAUCCGUUAAUUUUCUAAUUGGAUAUUGGAUUGAAGAAAUAUUAAGUUCGGAUGAAGAUAACAAAAUUAAAAAUAAAGUUUUAGAAGUUUAUAAUAUACUACAAAUAAUUGAUACACUCAAAAAUUCGGCUUUGAUGAGUAAACCCAUCGAUAUCAUCGAUAUCUCAGAGUAA